CCGCCACCUCCACGACCGCACACAUCGAGCCUCUUUACUAUGUCGGGCGAGCAGACCCGGCAGAAUGAAGACACUAGGGGUGUCCACCAAGAACCGGACUUUGCCCAGGCAUUUAAAGACCUCGCAAGAGGCGAACGAGCUGCUGCCGCUUUAGAGAAUCACCUAGACACAUUGGAGAAGAAGAUUGAGGAGCUCCUGGCGAAAGCGGACGAAGAGGAACGAAAAUGUAAGGAACAGUCCAAGCCGUCUGCCUCCAACAGCGACCCAUCUUCGACGAAUCGUGAAGGCAGUGGCUCAACAAAAAAUGGCGCACUUCAAGCCAGAAAGGUGCUGGAAUAACCAGUAGCCAUCUGUGAAGACGUAAUGACAAGAAAGGGAUAGACGGUUACAGGUCUCUCAGAGUUAAUAGUCGUUCGGGAUUCACGACGCUCACGAUUGCAAUGAAUAAAAACAUCGAGGAAGGGUUAUAUGUGUCCCAGGACCUCACCCACACCAACUCUGCCUAGGAUUAUACGGUGCAAUGGACGAUGGACGUAUUAGAAGGUUGGAGAUGUGCUAUACCCCUCCAAUCGUUGAAGACUUGUCCUUCAGACCCUCACUCUUGAAAACUUGCUCAAGGUGGAA